ACUGAUUCGAUAUUAUUAAUGUUAAUGUUAAAAUAUGUUAAUCUGUUAAUUGUAAACAAAUCUAUAGGAGUUGUAAGCAUUUUUUCACAUAAAGUUUUUCAAUAAAAUAUACAUAUGUUUAGAACUGAACCAGACAAGUAUUUAUUGUUUGCAUGAUACCAUGAUAGUAAAUUUGUCAAUGUUAUAGUGUUGAUACCAAUUUUUUUAAUUAAAACAUUUUAAAUUUUAACAUUUUUAUUUUACAAUGGGGAAAAAGCAAGUUGCUCAGAGGGUCAAAAAUAAUUACAAACCAUCAAGCAGUGCAAGAGCUCAGUUAUUGUUGAGUACUACUGAUACGUAUGGGGUGAUUCCGGAUAAACUUAAAUUUCCCUUUGCUGACAUUUUGGAUUGCAAUGUCAGUCCGGAUUUUCAAGUGGUUUUGAAAAAAAUGAACAAAAAAGAUUCUACCACUAAACUCAAAGCCUUAAAAGAAUUUUCUACGUUGUGUGAUUCUAAAGAUGAAGAUACUGUCAGAGAAGUUUCCGCACCAUGGAUCGCUCAAUAUGUAAAUUUAUGUAAGGAUAAUGAACCACGCAUACGCGAAGGUACCCAGAAAGCUCUGCGAUCCUACUUAAACCGUGUACAACGAAAUGUAGCACCAUUUUUAAAGAGGUUUUUUGCCCAUUGGUUUGUGGCUCAGUAUGACACUCAUCCACCAACUGCAUCUGUUGCAUCAUCCACAUUCGAGAAUACUUUCCCUCCAAAUAAAAGAGUUGAAGUAAUUGUAUUUUGUCAAAAAGAAAUAUUUAAUUAUUUAAUUGAGAACAUAACCAAUCCAUCAUUAUUAAACACUAAAGUCGAUUCAGAUGAAAUAAGAGAAAUGCAAAUUAGAACAGCUACUAGUUGUUUGUAUGCAACAGCAACAUUUUUGAAUUCGCUUCCUGCUGAACAUAUUGAAAAUAUUGAAAGUGAUUUGAAAUCAUUGUUGCUUUCUAACUCUACCUACUGGAAGUUAAAUAAACACCCAACACCAAGUGUUCGACAAGCUUGGUAUACUUUAUUGCAUUCUAUAUUAUUUAAAUUGCAACAAUUUUUAGAAGGCGAAUGUAAAAAGGUGGCUUUUGCUGUGUUCGAUAAUAUUGAUGAAGAUAAUGUCACCGUAUCAAAUAUCAUUUGGAAAAGCAUUUUAAUUGUCUUAUCAAAACCUGAGUUAAACUACUUUUGGUCACAAUCAAAUGCUGAAAAAAUUUUUCUUCCUAAACUAUGGAAACUUUUAUCUUGCUCAAAAGGAUGCAUUUCGUCUGCAUAUGAAAAUUUAUUAGGACUAUGUAAAAAUAGUCCAGUCAUGAAUACUAUAACAGCCACUGAAUUUUAUUUGAAGUGUAUUACUUCAAUUAUACAAGGGUUAGAAAAAAUGUCUAACCGCUUUGACCGUACAAAUUUUGUUUCUGGUAUUGAAACUCUUUUUGAUUUUGUAACAUACAUUUUGAAAAAUAAUAACGAAGAUGAAUUGUUUAGUAACACAGUAAUAUCUGAAGUUUUAACUUUGGUUAAGUUUAGUCUUACUGGAAAAUUAGCAAAAACUAUGACACCGCCAGUUAUAUCUCAUUUGGCAGUAUUUCUAGAAUUUUUGACUAAUAACAAUAGAUUACACAAUUUAAAAACCGCAAUAUGGAAUAAUUUAAAUACUCUUUUGAUUGGAAGUGGUCUUGAUGAAGAAAUUAUUUUUGACAACAUACUAAGUAAUCUGCAAGUACAUUUAAUUGUGUUGAAUCAUUUAAGAAAUCCAGUAGUUAAGAAAAAAAAAAAUUUGAGAGUUACAUUUGAAGAAUCUGGAGAAGUGUUUCUCCCUUCAAAAACGUUAUUGAAUGAUGACUAUCAAAAUGAUUUGGGAAAUUUUGUUAAUGUGGUUUUACAGUUCUAUUUAGAUAGAACUUCCUAUCCAGAAGUUGGACAUAUGUAUGCCAACCAUGUUUGUCAAGUAAUACUAGCAUUUAAAAAUUAUGGCGUUGAUCAAAAAUUAUCCCAAACAUUAACUGGCACAAACGACAAUACAUCAUCAUCGUUCAGGUUGUAUGAAAGAUAUGUCAAAACGUGGAUUAAUGAUGAUAAAGUUUUGACUUAUAACUCAAUAUCAGUAAUUGUUGGGUUAUUGGAAACCAUUGAUAAUGAGAAUGAACGAAUUAGUAUGAUUGAUGAUUUAAAUUUGUUUGGAUCAGAUGUUGUGCUGAAAGAAAUAAUGAAGUACAUUAGUGAAGGAAAUACUUUACCCAUGGUGAUUUGUGAUUGGUUGGAGGCAAUUCCGAUGCAAGAUGAGUUUAAAAAAUUCAUAUCCUCCGAUGUAGACCUAAAUAAAUCUAAUCUCCUUACAAAUUGCUUAAAACUUAAAGAUAAUACUGUUUGUGAGAAAUGGACAAAAGUACUUUUGGAAACUGUACAUACUAACCCUACCUCUCCGUUAGUUAUAAUGUUAAGACAAAUAUUUGAAAAAAAUUUAAAUGACCAGUCAUUUGUCAAUUCCCACCUUGAUCUCAUUUUCAACACAAUGGAAUGCUUAAUCCGUACAUAUUUGGAAAAAUCACAGGACGGUGAAUGUAGAGACCAAGAAGAGCUCAGUCUAACUUGGAAACUCUUGUUGAAUAAUAUGAUAGAUGCACACGACAAUGAAGUUAUGAAGAGGUGUAGUUUGGUUGUUACAAAUUACUUACAAACUAUGAGUGUUGAUAUAGAACAUGUAGAAAAUACAGUAGAUCAAUUUAUUGAAGAUUUCUUAUCAUGUACUAAACAAAAUACGUUGCCAAUUAAAUUUUUGUACGAGUUGAUAAAAUGUGCAAAUAGUGUUGAUCACUCCAAAGCAAUUAAAUGUUGCGAAUUGGCAUUGUAUAUUAAAGGAUCAUUAUUUUACACCGGAAAUGUUGGGAAUUACAUAGAUACAAGCGAUGAGUGCUUUGGAACUGUGUAUGCAUUAUAUUCUCACAUGUAUGUUUUCACGAAACAGAUUUUAAAAUUUUUCAAUGAGUCUGAACUACCUAAUCAUUUGGACAGUGUUGAUGAAGAAUUCGUCAAUAUUAUGGCUGAUAUAGUUUGCAACGUAAAUGUGGUUGCACACCUACAAAAAUAUUUUUCAAACAGAAAAUAUUGUUGUAAAAUCAAGAGUACUAUUUUUGAGGAUACUAAAACUAGUGUUGGUGUACUCAUUCAAUCACAACCAAAAAAUGUUGCUCAUGCCAUCAUAAAUAAAAUUAUUGAAAAAACAAUUAAUGAAGGUCCAUAUUGGUGUAAGUCGUUGGAAUUUGUAUUGGAUAUGUUGUCAUUGCCAAAUGAAGAAUUGAUUAAUCUGUAUAAUUCUGCAAUGUCAAAACAUAGUGACAGUCCAAAUUGUAUACACAUUAUUCAGGUUUUUGUGAAUUUUUGCGGCAUGAGCAACUUGGAGUAUGAUCAUCUUUCAUUGGCAGAUACAAGAUGUGUUUGGAAUGUGCACUUCAGAAAGACGACCAACAGUGAUACGGUUUCUCAGAUACAGAAGGUGUUAGACUCUGAAGAAAAAUUGCUCACUAGUGACUCUGAGUGUUUGAAGGACGAAAAGACAAUGAUAGAAACUAUACGUAAUAUUGAGUUUUUAAACUUGAUCUUUCUCUAUACAGAUGAUGCGUCAAUCAUAUUAAAAUACAGCAAAACAAUAUUCAGUCGUUUAGAAUCGGUAAUGUUGACCCUAAGCAAUGUAGUAGAUUUUGACUGCAAAACAUAUUUGCCCAUUGGGAUUGCUACUGCCUUGGUCGGUUCUUUAUUUGUAAAACUGAUGAAAUUUUAUCAUGAAGAAAUUUAUAAACAUGUACCGGAAAGCAACGAAAACCUGAUAGUAUUCAGAUCAGACACAAAAGUUGUACGCGAUUGCUUGGUGAAGAUUUGGGUUGAGUUGUCAAAGAAUUGUAAUAGUUGUAUUCAUGAACUUGUAUUAGAAGCUCUGAGCAAUUCUAUGAAUUAUUUAGAAUUUGAGGAAAUAGAUCAAAAAUAUUGGUUUAGCCUUUGUUCGAACUUGAUUAAUUCCGACUGUUACCCGAUCGAAAUCACUGCAUACAAUAUUUUAGACAGAUUAUGUGGGGUUCGCAAAGUUGACGUGGACACUGACUUUGAAUCAGAUCAAGUACCAUUUGAACUUUCCACGCUUCCUUUGCAAAAACUUCAAGACCUGAUCUGUACAAUGUUAACGGAAAUCAAAAUCGGAAGUACAUUUGAACCUAAAACUUUCUCUGAGGAUUUAAAAAAUACUCGAGUUUAUUUGUUGUUAUGGAAUGUUAUAUUUAAAUUAUGUUCGAAACUUGAGUCUCAAGAACGAUAUAAGUACAUUUCUCAUUUGAACAAUAACAAUUCUAUUUCGUUUUUGAUGGAGAAUUUGUUGAAGUUGAUGCCACAUUCUAUAAUUAAGACAUAUGCCAAUAACGACGUCAAUCCAAUUAUCAAAGAGUUGUUCAACUUAAGACCCAGCUGUUCACCAACAGACUAUUGGAACAACAAAAAACUCUGGCAUAUGGUGUGCUGGACAUAUUACAAUCUAUUACACACAUUGCCGGCAGUUGUACGCAAAUGGUGGGUGGACAGCGAACAUAAAGUGUCAACUUUGGUCGACAAACUAACAACCAAAUACGUAUCACAGAGUUUAAUUAUUCAAGAGUUCCAAGAUAUCAAGCAAGCGAAAAAAAUUGACAACAUAGUGGUGAACUUGUAUGAAAACCGCGGUAUACUCGUUGUUUCAUACAUGAUUGAAGAAACGGCCGUGGACAUCACCAUACAGAUGGCCAGUAAUCAUCCUUUGGGAUUGAUUAAAGUCAGCAGCGAUAAGAGCAUGAUCAACAUGUCUCAGUGGAAGGGAUGGUUGAAACAGUUGGCGCUGUUCUUUUCACAUCAGAACGGCUCAAUCAUUGACGGUAUAUCUUUGUGGCAACUGAAUAUCACAAAGAAGUUUGAUGGUGUCGAAGAGUGUUACAUAUGUUAUUCUAUACUUCACAACUCUAACUAUCAAUUACCCAAGUCUGCCUGUCGUACGUGUCACAAGAAAUUCCACAGCUCAUGUUUAUAUAAAUGGUUUGUUACAAGCAACAAAUCCACGUGUCCUAUUUGCCGUAAUCUUUUUUAAGUGUAGACACUUAUUGGUUUGAUUGUUAUCGAUGAUUAUUGAAAAAAAAUAAAAACAUGUUUUUUAAAAAAAA